CUAUCAACUUGUCUAAAAUCCGGAAAAAAACAGUGAAUACAUUUAGUGCACGGGGAGAAAAAAGACAGGAGAAGCAUUGACCGCAAAUGCACCUCUCCAGCAACACCUCCGCCAACACCACCCGAGAGCAAACAAAGCAAGCAAACACAGCAGCGAAUAGUGAAGGGUGCUGCGACUGUGAACGUAAUAAAGCGUCAAUGCGAGCGAAUGAGUGAAGUAAAUAAAAUAAAUUCGUGUGUGAACAUUAAGCAAAAAUAAAGCAGUGUUUAAAGAAAAAUAUAAAAGUGUUGAAAUACAGAAUUUUGCGAGAAAAAAUCAACAAAAUGUAAAGCAGCAAAAGGGGAGCAUUUCGCAACACCAGCAAGCUUGGUAGGCUUGUCAACGCUCUUGAGCUUCAGCGAGAAACGUAUGUUUCAACGUUAUUGGAUGGAUCAUGGUUUGCAUACUGCACGGAUAUUACAAUGUUCAUCCAAAAAUGCGAUUCAGCCUCUCACCACCACCAUCCAAGUCCACUUCCGUCAUAACAUCGCCCACCAACAUGCAAGCCAAUUACGCACAAAGCAAUAACAAUGAUCCACGUGCUUCCGGCGUUGGCGCCCGAAGCGACGACGAUAUUUCGCCCAGCACAGCUGCCCUAACCUUGUCUGCGGACGAUGAGGAUGCAGCAUCCGACUACAUUCAAUGGUUGCAUGCAAUGAAGCUGGUGGCGCGCUUGCCUGGCGGCAUGCCACCGGAAUUUAGACGUAAGUUGUGGCUGUCACUGGCAGAUAAAUAUUUGAAAUCGAAAAAUGUAGACUGGUCAAAGGAGGAGGAAAAGUGUUUCUGCGAGAAGUGGCGCGAAGAUGACGAAGAAUUGGGCAUACAAAUUGUUAAGGAUUUGCAUCGCACCGGCUCGAAUUUAUGCACCGGCCCGGCAGGUUCAAUCAAUCAGGCCAAACUGAAGCGUAUACUUUUGGGCUAUGCGCGUUAUAAUCCAGAAGUUGGUUACUGUCAGGGUUUCAAUAUGCUUGGCGCGCUAAUUUUGCAAGUUAUGGAGAAGGAGGAAGCCGAGUCGAUGAAGGUAAUGAUCUACUUGGUUGAGGGUGUGCUGCCACCUGGUUAUUUCCACGGUUCCAUGGGCGGCUUGCAGGCCGAUAUGGCAGUGUUUCGUGAACUGAUGCAAACCAAGCUGCCCCGAUUGGCGAAGCAUUUGCAAAAGCUCCAAGGCCCCAUUGAAAACGCCUAUGAGCCGCCGCUGACGAAUGUUUUCACCAUGCAAUGGUUUCUUACGAUGUUCUGCACCUGCCUGCCCAUGACUUGUGUGUUGCGUGUCUGGGAUCUCGUUCUCAUCGAGGGUAGUGAUGUAUUGUUGCGAACAGCACUUGUGCUUUGGAGCUUAUUGGAAGAUCGCGUGCUGAGCACUCGAACAGCAGACGAUUUUUACGGGAAAAUGGGCUCGUUCUCGAGCGAACUCCUCAAUGGUCAUCUUAUCGAUUCGAAUGGCUUGAUUGAAAAAGUUGUGCAACUUGGCCCGAUACCCGACAUACAGCGGCUGCGUGACAAGCACCUAUACAACAUCACACCACUGCAUCACAAACAAGGACUACAAUUCUACUAUGACGACGAAGAGCCCGGCUCGGAUGAAGAAUCACGCCUUGCUGUCGCCACUGUCUGGGGUAUGCCUUGGGGUCGCCGUGGUUCACAUGGCAGCAGCAGCAGCAACGCCAACAAGCAAGUGUCCGAAAAUAAAGAGCGACUUGCGUUGGACAUUUCGUUGCUGAAGAAGCAAUACGAUCGUCUGCGCGAACGUCAGCGUCAAGCGCACAUUAUUCUAACCACUGCAUGCUCCACGGCGCGUCAAAGCACCAUCACUACUUCUUCCACGCAACCUAAUACAGCUGUGACUGUGAAUCAACUACUCUUGGGUCGUCCUGCAAUAGUGACGAACAAUGGCAGGCGAGUCGGUCCACCAGCAGGCGCAAUACCACCUGCCCGUAAACCCUCUUUACCCACUGUACUACAUUCCAGACCACCAGAACGUCAAUUGCGCCGUGGUGAGACUUUGCAUUGGCGCGAUGCGGAUAUAAGUAAGCGCCGCAGAGACAGCCUCACAUGGAAGGAGAUUAAGGCGGAUCGUGCCACUUUAUUGCGUGAUGGUGCGGAGCCUGUGCCGAAGUCACAGAAAAUUCGCUCACGCGUCGGCAAAAGCGACUCUUCAUCGUACAGUGAAGAAAGUGAAGACGACGCCAAUGAAGGGGGCUCGAGUACUGAUACCAGUCUCUGCGAUGAUGAUGAUCCAAAUUCCGGAGCUGAUAAAACACAUUCCUCUUCGAUUGAGAAUAGUCCCAAGCGUAGAUCUAAAUCAGCGCGCAAGGCCAAAGAGUACGCUACGAAGUUGGAGACCCUAAAUGAACCUAGUGAUAGUGAAAAGGAACGUAGACGACCCAAAUCAUGGGCACCUUCCUCAACUGAAAUUCCAUUUAUGCUUAUGACGUCCGAUUCGCCAACACACAGCGCCGACGAUGAAAAGUCUACACGUUCGCACCACUUGGAGGAAUUGAUAAAGGAGGAGGAGGACAGCACAACCGAAUGUGAUCGUCUCGGCUACAAAGGCGCAGCUGCGUUUGAUUGGACCGACACCAAGUACUCCUCUAUUGCAGGAGAUCUGGCUACCACGAAGCUAAGUGCAUUGCACAUUCAAACGGACGUCUUAGAGCUACCUGUGAUAACAAGCACAAGUCAACUUUCUCCUAUGCCCGACAUAGCUGCCUAUCUCAAUAGUUCCAAUAUUAGUCCAUUGCCUACACCGAAACCGCUUUUCCUCGACUCAACUAAUUCGCUGGGUAGUGGAGACGAUGGAGAGGAAGGCAGAAAGUUUGCUGUCAGCGAUGAUGGCGUAACAAAUCAGUACUUUGAAAGGGUCAAUAGCGUAGAGAGGCCAACAAAAUUAGACUUGUUCUAUUCGCUCAACGAAGAAGAUGGCAUACGUAGAGAUGAGAAAGAAGUUGCUAACCUUGAGAACGCUAAGGAAAGUUAUAGUGCUGGUAUUAAACCGACUGAAAACUGUGAAAAAUUGUGCAAAGAAGAGGAUGAUGAGGAUAAAACUAAUAAAUUGGAAGUAACGGACAAAGGUUCUGACAGACGCAUGGAAUUGCUAAUGGACUACUCUGAAAAGUCAUCAGCGGCUUUCAUUGCAGAGGCAACCAGUGAAGUUUCCACAAAUCUAAGACAUGACAAAACGAAAGAGCCAGCCGAAGCUGAAGAUCUUUCAUAUGCAGUGCCAGCUGAGAAGAAGGAUGCCCAGGAAAUGAUAUCUAAGCUCCCAAUCAGAGAUAGCAACAUUCCUGGUGAAGCAGUUGAAACAUUCGAGGAAAAUAGUCCGCAAGCAGAGAAGUCAAAAGCGCAUCCAAAUAAUGUUAAAGCGGCAGCAACAAAAAAAUCGGCGGGUUUGAGUAGCGCCUGCCGAAAGCGCCGCGAUCCCAGGCGAUUGACUCUCACGCGCUCUUCAACUAUAGAAAUUGAAGAACGCUUUCAGGCAUUGGAACGCAGAAUGAGUGAAGAAAAAUUUAUCAUCGACAAAGAGAAGAUGGUUGAUGAUAAAUCAUAUGAUGAAAGGUCUAAUAAAAAGAUACCAUCAACGGCCGAUCUGCAGAAAAGAUUGAGUACACUUGAAAAGCAAAUUAGUAAAGAGGCGGAUGAGAAGAAAAGGUUUGCUGAAAGUAGCGAGUAUAGAGAUUUGUCUAAUCAUGAAACCACAUUACUAACGAACAGAUCAUUUACAGAAUCAAGACACGCAAAAGAAUUAAACAGAAGCUCCUAUGAUGAUUCUGCUACAGAGGAAGUUCCAAUUAUACCCUACCCGUCAGAAAUGCGAGAUAAUAUACCAGACGUAGUACCCUCCGAAGAAAAAUAUGAGCUUUCCAUAUCAAAACGAGCACGCAAUCAUAUUCCUUCAACGGUAGAAUUAGAGGAUCGCUUCAGUGCUUUGGAGAGACAACUAAGCUCGAAUGGUGUGCCAAGUAAAAGCUCAAUGGACUUGCGGCGCAACGAAAAUCAGACUAGCGAAAAAGAUGCACAGACGCCUCCUAAUACGCCUAACGAAAGCAAUAAACAAAAUUUGGAAAGAGGUGAGAGUAAAACGCAGCUAAGAAAUGAUAUUGAAGGAGAGGCAGCAUCCGAGAUAGAUGAUAGAAAAGCAGAAAAGCCACGCCUAAAGAAGUUGCCAUCUACUGCCGAAUUAGAAGAUCGCUUUAAUGCGCUAGAAAGAAGAAUGAGCACGCAAAAAUCAAGUCCCAUCAAAACGAAGAAGGAACCACCCGACGAAGCAGAGACGAAAGAACCGAAUAAAAAAAGAGAGACACCAGCUGAAGAGAAGAGUAAAAAGGAUUGUGAUAUUAAAGGUAAGCCAGAAAGACAGAGUAAAGAAGAUGAUAAAGCAAACAAAGGUAAAUCAGUUGCCAAAGAGAAGAUUUCACCUGAUCAGAAAAAAGGUGGUGAAAAAGUUAAUAAAACAAAAGUGGAAGAAGCUCAAGCUAGCAACAAGAAACAAGAAGUGGAAGUGGAAGAUGGCGCAAAGCGAGUCUCAAAAACUACGGAACACACGGCAGGGGAAAAGACAAACAAGCAAGAGGGGUAUGAAGACAAACGAGAAAGAGGUGUUGGAAAGCAAACUGCGAAGGCAACGACUAAUAACGAAAAAGAACUUAAAAAAAUUAAUCACUCAAGCGAUAGCCUAGAAAGUGAAAGCAAACAAGAAGUUGAUGUAGAACGCUCCAAGCUGCCACAGAAAAAUAACAAGGCUGCUCUGAAAGAAACGGGAGAUGACUUGAAAAAAUCAGAAAAGAAAUCGCCACCAAGUACCGAAGAACUUGAAAAACGCUUUCAGGCGUUGGAACGACAAAUGAGUAGCGCUAGCCUAGAGGGCAACAAAGAAACAAGAAGCUCCUCAGAAUCCGAAAAGACUCUGGCGAGGUCAAGUAAAGGAAAACAAAAUUCAUCACAAUCAGUAAACGCUCAGGUAGAAGCUGCAUCCAAUAAAAGCAAACAAACCGCACCGCUUGAGCCGGCAACAAAUACUAAAGCCAUAAAAAGCUUCGAGGAAAAGUGCAAACAAAUUAACAAAGAACUUUCUAAGCAAACUAAGCCAGAACUUGAGCAAUCGGAGCAAACUGUAGCAAUCACCACACCAGAACCCAAACUGGUUGAAGCCUUUAAUGAGAAAUGUAAGGAGAUUAAUAAAGAACUGUCCAAACCCAAAGAAACGACGAAUGUGGAGCAGAGAGAAGCAGAAAAUGAGGACACUUCCAACGUGGCCAACAAGAGACGCGCUUCCGAACCACCAACUACAGAAGAUUUAGAGAAACGUUUUGAGUCGCUCAAGCGACGAAUGAGCACCAAAGCUAUAAUCGAAAAAGGGUUCGGAGUAAAAGAUAAAUCGGCGACAGUUCUUGAAGAGGGGCCACACGAGAUAUUAGAUGUAGAGGAAACUAAAAGUCAAGCUACAAUAAAAUCUGCGGAGCCUCCAAGCACUGAGGACUUAGAAAGUCGAUAUGAAGCAUUACAGAGACGUGCAAGCGAACAAAAGAAAGAAGAUCUCGAGAAGCGGCAUGAAAACCAGCAAAGAGCGCAAAAGGAAGAAAUCGUAGAUACAAAAACGGCAAAGCGAACUAGCAAAACAGAACUGAAAGAAUCAGCUGACGAAAAGAAAUUAAAUGAAAGCACUGCACGCAUCCCCGUAGCGCCGCCAAUGCCGUUGAAUGAUACAGCAGAACUUUUAGUUAACGAUGAACAGCAUCGCGCGCUUAUUGAAGAAUUUCAGAGUAAAAUUAAAGUGCAACCCAAUGGUGAAAACCUCAAACCAAGCGACAUUAAUCCAAAUCGACGUACAACAACCGAACGACAACGAACAUCACCAUUCGAUGGAACCUCGGAAACACAUGCAAACACCGCUUACUUUAGAUCGGAAAAUUACGAACCCUGGUACAGUCAACCACAGAAAAUGGUUCGUCGUUUCUCCGAUUUACCAUCAAAAGCUGAUCUUGAGAAUCGCUUACAUUUUUUGGAAAGACAAUUGAUAAUCAAAUUCUACAAGCAGCGCUGUGCAAGUGAUUCCGAAGUGGCAUCGAGAAAAUAUUUCAUGGAUUUGAAGAGUCGGUCCGCAGACGACGAAACACCAAGUACAUCAGCGCGCGCGCAACAGCAAGCGGCAGACGAUUUAGAAAAACGCGUACUUGCAUUGGAGAAGCAACUUAGCGAAAAUAGUCUAAAGUUACUUGAGGCUGUGCGUGUAAAAGAACAGGAAGCAGCCGCCGAGUCGGACUCCCCGCGACGCCUUAGUUCGGAGACUGUCGAUGCGACAGGCAAGGAACUUGUGCGCUACGUUGGCGAACUUGAAGAAACUGGCUCUCUCAAACCGAUCAACAUAAGUAUUAAUAUUAAAAUGCUGCUUAAAAAAAACGAGGAUGAAGAGAACAAGCCCAAAGAGAAGCUGCCGACUGCUGCGGAGUUGGAAAAACGACUCGAGGUGCUGGAACAGCAACUGAAAAUGUCCAGAUCACGUCGCGAGGGAAGCAUCGACCAAUAUAAUGUCAAUGAUGUGCAGGAGCUGAAGAAAAGUGAGGAUAAAUCAGACGAGUACGUGGCCGAGGAAAUUGAAAGUAAAGAAGUGAUAAAAGAACCGCCAGAAAUGGAGAAAAGAGAAACCAAGGAAGCAUUGAAAGAAAAGCUAGAAAUUGAAAAGAAUGUGAAGGAAGCAUUCAACGAAGAAUGUAAAAGUGACAAGAAGAUUACAGAAAAUGUGAAUACCAAAAACGGAGAAAACGGAGAAAACGAAAAAAAUGAUAUUAGAAUUGAGGUCUUAAAAGCUGAAAAAACUCUCGAGAACCAGCAAAUUGCGCGCUCGAAAAAAGAAAUUGUUGAAGAUAAGCGAGAGUGUAAGGCUGAAGAGAAAAGCGAUACAUCGCAGAAUAUUAACGCAGACGUUCACGAGAAGAGCGAAAACAAAUCAAAGCAGGAGGUAGCGGUUGAAAAGCGAGCCAAUGAAGAAAAUAUUCCCACAGAAGAAGCAUUGCCAACGCAACCGGAGCAAUUAACAGAUACAACUGCAGAGGUAGAACCGAAAGAAACUUUGGUGGUGAAGGAUGAACCUAAACAAGAAAAACAUGAUGAUAGUAAAGAAUCAACCAAAACACCUGAAAAUCACCAGGUGGCGAAGGAUGUACCUAAACAGGAGAAACACGAUAAUAGUAAGGAAUCAACCAAAACACCUGGAGAUCAGACAUCAGCCGAGCCAUCGGUUGCCCCCAUGCAAACUGCCAUUCAAGUUGGAUCGUCCGAUCCGAACAACAAAACGCUCGUAUUGCUGCUUGACAAUGAACCGAAAGCCGUUAAGGUGCGACGAUUGACGCGCGCCAACACCGAAGAGUUGGAGAACUUAUUCCAAGCGCUCGAAAAACAGUUGAGUGAUCGCAAUCUCAUUAAAUCAGAAGAUGGUAAACUAAUGCGCGCUGCCGAAAAAUCCGAUGUGCCACCAUCAGAAGAAUCGAAGGCUUUAACACAACUCUCGAAGGAGAUAGAAGACUAUACUAGAGCAAAUCCAAACGAGAAAGAGAAAGAAACCAAAAAGGAAAAGGAAAAGGGUGCUGACAAAUCAAAAUCUCCAGCGGAAGACUACGACUGGGGGCCGGAUCCCGUGAAGCGGCAUUUAAAACGCAAAACCGUACAUCUGCCAUCGACUAAAGAGCUGGAAGCGCGCUUUCGAUCACUCGAACGUCAAAUAAAACUGCUUGAAGAUGUGGAGAAGAUCGACGUCGAACAGCGGUUAAAUGAAAUUGAGCGCAAAAUCAAAAUGCAGUAUUCACUAUCGCACGAGAAGGAUCUCACCAAAUUUUUGGAACUCUGUGAAGGCAAGAAUUUAGAUGAACUGCCCGAAGCUAUAACGGCUGCGCGUGAUAGAUAUCAAAUAGAGGAUGGACGCGCGUCAAGAACACCUACACCGAAACAAGGUAGAUCACCUUAUACCUCACCGUCGCGAGCGAAAGAGAAAACACCCUACACAUCACCGACACACCCACCACGUGAAUCCCGUAGUCCGAAAAGGCACACCUCGCCUGGGCGUAUUAGUUAUGAUGGUGCAAAUGGAGCAUCGAAAAGCCCCAAAAGACAUGUUUCGCCUGGCUAUGCUAGAUAUGAGGAUCCCGAUAUACCAUCAACGGAAAAUCUGGAGUAUCGUUUUCGUGCUUUGGAACUGCCAAGAUCUAAAUCGAAAGAAUCGUUGAACGAAAAGUCUAAACGAAAUAUCGCCGAUGCGAAAAAAUCACUAAUACAUCCACUGGAAAUGCUGCUCGAUCCCAGCCCAGACGAGGACGUUAUACCCACAACCGGUGAACUGGAGCACAGAAUUCGUGUGUUGGAAGAUAAGAGAAGAACACCUUCACCAGCUCGACAAUUACGCUCACGUUCGCCAACCAUAGAAGAUAUAAAAAAUAGGAAAUUAGCAGAAGAAAAGCAUUCAAGAACAACACCCAUACACAACUUGGAAACGCUUGUCGCUUCGCCAACCAAAAGAGAGUUACCCACAGCUGACGAGCUGGAGGCACGCAUGCGCGCAUUAGAAGAGGAACACUGUUUCGACUUUAAAAUGCAAAAGACUUAUCAGGAAUUCAAUCAAAAACUGAAGGAUGCUGUGUCCCCAUCACUUUCCUUCGAAGAAUUCAAAACAUCAAAAUCACGCGAGGAAAGCCCUAGACGCAGCGAGACAACCCGUUCAACAACACCGAAAUCUGCGCUACGCGACUCCGCCAGCAACUAUGAGGAUGGACAGUACAGAUCAAUUAGUCCUAAGGCUAUACGCUUCCGCGAUGAAGAAGACGACUAUGUGACAAGUUUGCCGCACAGACCGAAAUCGCACACGGAUACACGAGACAACAUUGGACGAAUGAAGACUCUUGCAGAUUCAUGUAGCAGUAUAAGUGCUAGCGGCGCUACUCAAGCUCAUGCAUCCGAAGGACUUGACGAGUUCGGCAGUCGUCUAAUGAGGGAGACUUCGCCACUACAACGUACUGGAAGUCACACCGGUGUACCAUUACGCACCAAUGACAAUAUCAACGAACGUUUGGACUCCAUUAAGAACACGAUCAAGUCCAUCGAUACACUAUGCGAAGAGAAACCAUAUCGUAAAGAGCGUUGCCAACGCUACAUCGAUUCACUAUUCUCCGAUUCCAUACAUUUCGGCAGCAAGAAGGCAUCACUGGAGGAUCUCUCGCGUGCGGAAAGUCGUGUACAUCGCGAAUAUGCGCCCUCCAUACGUGUCUCGGAUCAUAGCCAAAGGCACUCGGACUAUUUAUACGGCCGUUCUCUGGGUUCGGCGGAUUCUAUACGUUCGACAAGUCCAUUGCGCGCUGCCAGUCCACUACAUCAUCGUUCGAAUCGGGAUUUGCGACGCGAGAUCUCGCCACGCCGGCGACGCGAAGAAGAGCGUGAAGAAUACCAGAGUAGGUUGUUAAAGAAGAAUAUUUAAUGAAGAGUUCAAAAGUAUUGCAAUGGCUUCGUUGGAGUAGCAAAAAAAAUAAAAAUUAAUGAAGACAAAACCCAAAAAACACAGUGAACUCAAAAAAAUUCCUUUCACAAAUUGUAUUAUAUACGUUAAUAUGUAAGUAGUAUUUUGUGCGCGUACGAGUACGAGUAUUAGAGCAAUGCAGUUAGGUAUAUUAAAUAUACAAGAGCCAACUUUUAGUUCAAUUCAAAACGGCAAUGGUUGCAACAAAAUAUAUUUAGAGCAAAAAUAUGCAUAAAUAUGUAAUAAUGACUAUUUUUUUAAGUUGAUUCGAAUUUUUUAAAGCGACAGCAACAAAGCACGGCUUAAUGAUGUCAAAGCUAUUGGAAGCGAAAUGAAAAAUAUCAUAAAUAUUAAAUUUUAAUUUACUUUAUAAUAAUUUGUAUAUUUUAAAUAGUCAUAAAAACGUUAACUUUUAUUUAUAAAAAAAAAUUAUAUAUAUAUAUAUAUAUAUAUAUUUAAUAAACGUUUUAUGUAUGCAUUGUAUCUGUAUGGAUAUUUAAUAACUAUAUUUACGGUAUUAUAGUUUAUGAAUAUUGUUUAUGGGUUCAUCGACAAAAAACAAAAUAUUGAUAAUAAUAA